AUGCUAACAGAAUUAGCUACAACAAAUAACAGCUCAGAUGAACAAAUACAAAUGAUAGCCCAAGAAGAUCUCUUACCAGAUACAGAAGUGCUACUAAGAGAUGAACUUGUCAUUUAUAGCUAUAGAACAUCAUAUUCAUCUACAAGCUGCAUCCCCAAAGCAGUCUCUUUACUUGACAAAAAUAAAAAACAGAUGGCUUUAUCAUAG